UUCCUUGCCCUCCUUGCCCUCCUUGCCUUAAAGAAACAAAGUAGACUUCUCUCUCUCCCUGUUAUAGUAUCUGGACAAAGCUUAACUCUUGAGUGGCUAAACUCUUUCAAGUUUUUCAACUGCAACUUUUCAAAGGUUUUUGAAAUGGAGAUCUGGACUUUGUUACAUCUUUUUGUUCUUCUUCUACUAGUAUCAUCAACACCAUCUACUUCAAAUCAAGAAGGUGAUGCUCUGUAUGCAUUGAGGAGAGCUGUGAAUGACCCGAACAAUGUCUUGCAGAGUUGGGACCCGACCCUGGUGGAUCCAUGUACUUGGUUUCACGUUACUUGUGACUCUGAUAAUCGGGUCACCCGCUUGGACCUUGGAAAUGCAAAGCUGUCGGGCAAUCUUGUUCCCGAGUUAGGCAAGCUUGAACGUCUUCACUAUCUGGAACUGUACAUGAAUAAGUUGGUGGGGCCAAUACCAGAAGAACUAGGAGGGUUAAAGAGCCUAGUGAGCUUGGAUCUUUACCACAAUAACCUUACUGGACCUAUUCCUCCAUCACUAUCCAAGCUCUCCAAUCUCAGAUUUCUGAGAUUAAACAGCAACAGGCUGACAGGAAGAAUACCCAGACAACUUACCAAGCUUGGCAACCUCAAGAUCUUGGAUGCAUCAAACAACGAUUUGUGUGGUACCAUUCCAACUUCGGGCUCGUUUUCUAAGUUCACAGAAGCAAGUUUUAUAAAUAACCCGAGACUAGAAGGACCAGAGCUAAUGGGAUUUGUGAGAUACGACGUAGGAGGCUGCAACUGAGGCUUGAUGCCAGAGAAGAGGCCACCCUUUGCUUUUGCCAAAAAAGAAAAAUAUUUUGUUUUUCUAACUUAUAAUAUGUAAGUGGGAAAGCUUCCUUAUAUAUGAUGAAUCAAGUGGAGAUUCUCAACUCCAUGUCGUGUCUUAGUUGUAAUAUAUACCAUAAUAUAAAUACAUUUUAUACAUAUGCUGCCACUAAUGGAUAUGCUGGGCUGUUUUUAAUUUAA